AUGUCAGUUGCGGCGGAGUUUCGCGAUUACCUGGGGGAUUUCAUAGAGCACUACGCCCAACUGGGGCCUAGCAGCCCGGAGCAGAUCGCACAGUCCUCGGUCGGAGAGGACGGUGGGCCCAGGCGAGCCUUGAAGAGCGAGUUCUUGGUCCGGGAGAACCGUAAAUACUACCUUGAUCUGAAGGAGAACCAGCGGGGGAGGUUCUUGCGGAUCCGACAGACCGUCAACCGAGGGCCCGGGUACGGAGUAGGUGGGCCGGGAGGAGGUAUGCAGGCUGGUCAGACCAUAGCCCUUCCGGCCCAAGGCUUAAUAGAGUUUAGAGACGCCCUUGCAAAGCUUAUAGAUGAUUAUGGUGGAGACGACGAGGAAUUGGCCUGUGGAACGGCGGUUGGGGGCUAUGGGGAGCUUCCUGAGGGCACAUCCAUCAUGGUGGACUCUAAACGGUUCUUUUUUGACGUCGGGUCAAACAAAUACGGCGUGUUCCUGCGGGUGAGCGAGGUCAAACCGAGCUACAGGAACUCUAUCACCAUCCCGUUCAAAGCAUGGGGAAAGUUCGGAGGUGCUUUCAGCCGGUACGCCGAGGAAAUGAAAGAGAUCCAGGAGCGACAGCGGGAUAAAAUGUACGAGAGGAAAGAGGAGUCUGAGGGAGAGGUGGAUGAUGACUGA